AUAAAACAAACUGUUGGAGAGCUUUUAUUGUUUAUUUUUCUCUAAUUAAAAAUAUUUUAUACUGUUAACGAAUGUAGAAUGGUAAGCUGCGCAGUCGCUAACUGCAAAAAUACUUCAGUUAAAAUUACGAAACACACAAACGGGAUUACGUUUCACAGGUUUCCCCGUGAUAAAAAGCGUCGCCGGCAAUGGGAAGUGGCCGUGGACCGGGAGAACUGGUCGGCCACGGCCUCGAGCGCCGUGUGUUCAGAACAUUUUGAUGCGAAAGACUUCUAUGUGACCGACUCCGGGCUGCGUCGGCUGUCAGUUGAGGCGGUGCCAGUUAUUAAUAUCUCUAUAUGCCAGCCGAGAGCUCAAACGGUAACUGAACUACAGCCAGCAGACAUCAGUCCCACAGAUUCCGAAGAAGUUAUCAAACUAAAGUACAAAUUACGAAGAUUAGAAAUAGUCUCCUCUAACAGAAAACGAAGAAUCUAUGAGUUAUGGAAGAGUAAUAAAAAAUUUAAAAAGAAAUUACAGCAAAUGAAAACUGUUAUCAAACAUUUAAUACAGAACAAGAAACAUACAGAAAAAAUAGGUACGGAGCAAAAUACUAGUCCAGAUUUAGAAAGUAUUGACAUACAAAACUUAGAUACUUAUGCAGAAUGUUGAAAUGUCUUGUGAAUUGGAUAUUUAUGAGGUAAAUAUUUUGCUCAUUAUUGCUAAAUUGUGAUCUACAAUUAAAAAUUGUGUUGUAAGUUAUGGAAAGUUUCUACAAAGUUGAACAGGUUUCGGAAAUUUCAUGAACCUCAACAAGAAUUAAAUCAACAUGCAAAUUGUGGAAAUGGAAAGUUUUAAAUUUCAAAUUUAAUUUUUUUUUUUGGUUCUAGUUCUAGGUAAUAGAAGAAUUUGUCGGAAAAAACAUUCAAGUUAUUCUUUCCAGAAAUCCACAAUUUAUGAUUUUAAGAUAUCUAUCACAGAGCUCUAGUUACUAGCCUUCCAUAUCCAUAAAAAAUGUAUCUUAUGUCUUAUGUGACACAGUUUCCAAUAUGUACCGUAAAUACAGUUAAUCAUGUGAUUAUUAUGGUCAAAAUAAUUUUGUAAAUGUAAUUAAAUAAUUAUUUCGUGGAACUAAAUAUUAAAGUCAAUAUAUUUUCUAAGUCCAUAGAGUACCUAAGUA